UCUCUUUCAGUCAGUUGUUCGCAACUACACGGCAGAAUGAGUCGCAGCUACAAUGACGAGCUACAAUUUCUGGAUAAAAUUCACAAGAACUGCUGGCGAAUACGGAAAGGCUUCGUUCCAAAUAUGCAGGUGGAAGGGGUCUUCUAUGUCAACGACCCCCUGGAGAAGCUGAUGUUUGAGGAGCUCCGCAAUGCCUGUCGAGGUGGAGGCAUCGGUGGGUUUCUACCGGCCAUGAAACAGAUUGGCAAUGUUGCAGCGCUCCCUGGGAUUGUGCAUAGAUCUGUUGGCCUUCCGGAUGUCCACUCUGGCUAUGGGUUUGCCAUCGGAAACAUGGCUGCUUUCGACAUGAGCAACCCCAACGCGGUUGUCUCCCCUGGUGGUGUGGGCUUUGACAUCAACUGCGGUGUGCGUCUGCUGCGUACUUGCCUGGACGAGGGGGACGUGCAGCCCGUGAAGGAACAGGUGGCCCAGGCCAUGUUUGACCACAUCCCAGUGGGUGUGGGCUCCAAGGGUGUCAUUCCCAUGGGUGCAAAAGAUCUUGAGGAGGCUCUGGAGAUGGGUGUGGACUGGUCUCUCCGGGAAGGCUACGCCUGGGCAGAGGACAAGGAGCACUGCGAAGAAUAUGGCCGCAUGCUUCAGGCUGAUCCCACCAGGGUCUCCUCCAAGGCCAAGAAGAGAGGGCUCCCCCAGCUGGGGACUUUGGGUGCAGGAAACCACUAUGCUGAGAUUCAGGUUGUGGAUGAAAUCUACAAUGAUUAUGCUGCCAAGAAGAUGGGCAUUGACCACAAGGGGCAGAUCUGCGUGAUGAUCCACAGCGGUAGCCGAGGCCUCGGUCACCAAGUAGCCACUGAUGCUCUGGUGGCCAUGGAGAAGGCCAUGAAGAGGGACAAGAUUGUGGUGAAUGACAGGCAGCUGGCCUGUGCUCGGAUUUUCUCCCCAGAGGGCCAGGACUACUUGAAGGGCAUGGCGGCUGCUGGGAACUACGCCUGGGUCAACCGCUCUUCAAUGACUUUCCUCACCAGACAAGCCUUUGCCAAAGUGUUUGGCUCUACCCCGGAUGACCUGGACAUGCACGUGAUCUACGAUGUGUCCCACAACAUUGCUAAGGUAGAGGAGCACAUAGUGGGUGGCAAGCAGAAGACACUGCUGGUGCACCGCAAGGGCUCUACUCGUGCUUUCCCACCACACCACCCGCUCAUCGCUGUCGACUACCAGAUGACUGGCCAGCCUGUCCUCAUCGGUGGCACCAUGGGCACAUGCAGCUAUGUCCUCACUGGCACAGAGCAGGGCAUGACUGAGACAUUUGGGACGACCUGCCACGGGGCUGGUCGUGCUUUGUCUCGUGCUAAAUCUCGCCGGAACCUGGAUUUCCAGGAUGUGCUUGAUAAACUAGCCGACAUGGGCAUCGCCAUCAGAGUUGCCUCUCCCAAACUGGUCAUGGAGGAGGCACCAGAAUCGUAUAAGAAUGUGACUGAUGUGGUCAACACAUGCCAUGAUGCUGGAAUCAGCAAGAAGGCCAUUAAACUGAGGCCCAUUGCAGUGAUCAAAGGCUGAACAGCACAGACACUGGCUCCAGAAGGUCACCAGGAAGUGUGGGACCUUGGCUGAUACCUCAGGAUGGAUGUAGAGGUGCCUGUGGAGGGCUCUUGCCACGGUGGACUUGACAGUACAUGCAUGGCCAGCUAUUCUCUCUGUUUAAAGCUUUGCCAUAUUAAGUUAUUUUCAGAUUUGAAGAAUUCAUAUAUGGUCAUGAAAUCAAAUGUGUUGGAAUUGUUUAUUAUAUGAUGCUCAGCUAUAGGGUGGGGUUUUUUUUUUUUUUUUUUUUUCUUCCCCUCUCUCCCCCCUUCCUUCCUUUUCCCCUUUGAGAAACCUUAACAGAGGCUAGAAAAGCUGCUGUAUGAGUUUUGUUUCAGUGAUUGUGAAGUGGGAGCUUGAGCUGCAUUAAAAGAAAUAAU